CCAAUGGAAUGUCAGUCCUGGUCACCAGGAGCUCAGUUGCCUCCCUUGUGAGAAGAGCAGAUGCCAAUAAAUUGUCUCAUGGUCCAAGUCAGACUCUGGAACUCUAUAAAUCAGCUCCCAGGCCAAGGAUCCUUAGCCAGAGUGAUAAUACACCAUUAAGGAAGAGCCCCAUUCCUUGGAGUCCGAAUCAUGUGUGACCAGCAGCAGCAGCAGUGCUGUGUGAAAGGGUCCUCCUUUGUUCCCUCUGCAGCCGGUGCCCCUGUCAAUGGGGACAAUAUAUAUUCAGGAAAUGGUCAAGCUUCGGGUCAGUCCCAGAUCUGCUACGUCCAGUGCCAGGCCCCAAGCCAGGCCCAAGGAUCCUACAUAGAAUACCAAGUCGGAUGCCCUGUUCAGACCUAUGUACAAUCUUCUCCAGCUUGCUGUACUGAAACUUGUUACGUGCAGUGCCCAGCUCCAUGCCCCACCGAGGUCUAUAUACCAGUCCCAGCUCCUCAGCCAGUUCAGACUUAUGUAGAAUACUACCCUCAGCGCCAGUCUCAGGGGUACUAUAACAGCUGUGCCCCUCAGCGCCAGUCUCAGGGGUACUAUAGCAGCUGUGCCCCUCAGCGCCAGUCUCAGGGGUACUAUAGCAGCUGUGUCUCUCAGCGCCAAUCUCAGGGGUACUAUAGCAGCUGUGCCCCUCGACGCCAGUCUCAAUACUAUGACCAAUACCAAGGAUCUUACAGCGGCUGCUCCCCUCAAAAUCAGUGUCGGCAGUCUUACAGUAGAAGUCAAGCUCCAUGCAUGUCUCGGCCUUCUUAUAGGAGCUAUUCCCCUCCAUGUGGCCCACCACGUGUGUCUCAGCCAGCCUAUAGGAGUUGUUCUCCUCCUUGUGGUCCGCCACGCAUGUCUCGGCCUACUUAUAGGAGUUGUUCCCCUCCGUGUGGCCCACCACGCAUGUCUCGGCCUACUUAUAGGAGUUGUUCACCUCCGUGUGGUCCACCACGCAUGUCUCGGCCUACUUAUAGGAGCUGUUCCCCUCCAUGUGGCCCACCACGCAUGUCUCGGCCUACUUAUAGGAGCUGUUCCCCUCCACGCAUGUCUCGGCCUACUUAUAGGAGCUGUUCCCCUCCACGCAUGUCUCGGCCUACUUAUAGGAGUUGCUCCCCUCCGUAUAGCCCUCCACGCAUGUCUCGGCCUACUUAUAGGAGCUGUUCCCCUCCACACAGAUCUUGGCCUACUUGUACUUAUUGUACCCCUCCACGCCAGUCUCAGCCGUGCUAUGAUAGCUGUCUUCCUAGGCGUCCAGCUUCAGGGUCUUCUCAGAGAUGUGGUCCCAAAUACCGGGUAGAAAUUUCUUCUUCCAACUGUCCUGCUCAGGUCCCCCCAAUUAGGCGGCCUGUUCAGAUCCCCCCCUGCAGACGACCCUGCCAGGGCUCUAGUACACAAUAUUCUUGUAGUGCUCCCUGCCCACGGCCAUGUCCAGAGCCAUAUCCACGCCGAGGUUCCCAUUCAUCUUCAGAGCAAGGGCCAAGACCAUGCCCACUUCCAGCUCCACGAUCGUGCCGGAAACCAUGUCCUGAGCCGUGUCCCGCACCCCGACCUGAGCCUUGUCCUGCACCCCGGCCUGAGCCCUGUCCUGCACCCCAGCCCAGUUUAGAGCCAUAUCCAGAGCCUUGUUGUCCCGAGCCACCAAAUAUGGAAUCCUGUGGCCGAAGCAGUCCUUGCAACUACUCCAAACCAUGCCCAAGCCCACCUCCUUGCCCAAGUUUUUCUGGCUGUAAUGAAUCUGAUCCUCGACACCUAGAUAUCGAGCCUCCCCUCUGUGGCCCUGCUGGAUAUAAUGAGGGAGGGGCCUGUGGUUCUGGAGGAUGCUCAGGACCACAAGAUAUGGGUGGGUCUGGUACCAAAGGGGGUGCCUUUUGUGGAGUGAAGGGCUGCUAUUUCUAAUAACCCUAUUCCCCUUACUGCUGCUAUGCGGGCAAAAUAUUCCCUGUCCUGAGACAUCGCUUAAAUUUUUUCUUUUUCUGGGAUUUAUUUCCAACCUCCCCUUAAGAUAUGGUAAACUGGAAGAGGACAACAUCUUAGCCUUCUUUCUAUUCUUGCAGAGACCAUUGAAUGUAGUCAAUAACUAAUUAUUAUUUGUUGAUUGAUUGAUCCGUCCAAACCCUCCUUCACUUCUUAUCACUCUCCUACCUUGCUGGUGGCUAACUGUGUGGGUCUCCCUUUUUACCCUUCCCUCACUAAGUUCUGUCCUAUACCACCAAGAGAUGGGACUGACAGCAAACUUGCAACAAUAAAAAUGAGAAGUUAAAG